UCCGUGGAGAAGAUCAUGGUGGAGCAGGCUGAAACCCAGCAGCCCACACAGGGCACCAUAGGGGGCCAGGCUGUUCCUCCACAGCCGAUGGAGUGGACUGUGGGGGAGCAGGCCGUUCAGCAACCCAUGGAGGACCCCAUGGGAGAGCAGGUUGUUCCUCCACAACCCAUGGAGAGGAUUGUGGAGGAGCAGGCUGUUCCUCUGCAGCCCAUGGAGAGGACUGUGGGGGGGCAUGCUGUUGCUCUGCAGCCCAUGGAGGACUGCAGCAGAGCAGAUCUCCAUACUGCAGCCUGUGAAAGAGCCCACAGUGGAGCAGGUAGCAUUGCUACUUCCUUCCAGUGGCCGCCAAUCCAUCAAGAUCACAUUUGCAACGACGAUGACGACAAGAGUGAAGACGGUCCCAGCCCCAAGCGGCAACGCCUUUCCCAUUCAGUCUUUGACUACACCACGGCGUCACCAGCCUCGUCACCGCCAAUGCGACCAUGGGAUAUGACAUCAAAUAGGCAGCCUCCUUUGGCUCGGCCCAACCAACACCACUUCUCAGGGGAACGAUGCAACACACCUGCACGAAACAGAAGGAGUCCUCCUGUUCGACGUCAGAGAACUAGGAGAGAUCGUCUGUCUCGACAUAAUUCCAUUAGCCUGGAUGAAAACUAUCACCAUCUCUCCUAUGGACAGCAGCAAGCAAUAGAAGAGCCCCGAGCUUUUCGCCCACCGAAUGUAUCUCCUCGUAUGUUAUGCCCAGCUGUUCACCCACCACAGCAGAAUGCAGUGAUGGUUGACAUUCAUGACCAGAUCCAUCAGGGUACAGUUCCUGUCUCAUACACAGUGACAACAAUGGCUCCACAUGGGAUACCACUUUGCACAGGCCAGCACAUCCCUGCCUGCAGCACACAGCAGGUCCCGGGGUGUUCAGUGGUUUUCAGUGGGCAGCACCUUCCAGUUUGCAGUGUGCCUCCUCCAAUGCUUCAAGCAUGCUCAGUUCAGCACCUACCAGUACCGUAUGCAGCAUUUCCACCCCUUAUUUCUAGUGACCCAUUCCUUUUGCACCCACCUCAUCUGUCUCCGCAUCACCCUCCUCACUUGCCUCCUCCAGGACAGUUUGUUCCUUUCCAAGCACAGCAGUCACGUUCGCCAUUCCAGAGGAUAGAAAAUGAAGUAGAACUACUUGGAGAACAUCUUCCUGUAGGAGGUUUUACGUAUCCUCCCUCAGCACAUCCACCACCGUUGCCUCCCUCAGCUCCUCUCCAGUUCUUAACUCAUGAUCCUCUACACCAAGAAAUGUCAUUUGGCGUUCCUUACCCACCGUUUAUGCCUCGAAGACUCACAGGACGCAGCAGAUACCGAUCACAGCAGCCAAUACCUCCACACCCGUACCAUCCUAGCCUACUACCUUAUGUGCUAUCAAUGUUCCCAGUUCCACCUGCAGUUGGACGAGCUUUCAGCAUUGAGCUGGAUGUAGAAGAUGGAGAGGUGGAAAACUAUGAGGCUUUGCUGAAUUUGGCAGAACGUCUGGGAGAAGCCAAACCACGAGGACUGACGAAGGCGGACAUUGAACAGCUCCCAUCCUAUAGGUUCAAUCCAAACAACCACCAGUCAGAACAGACACUGUGCGUGGUGUGCAUGUGUGAUUUUGAGUCAAGGCAGCUACUUAGAGUCUUACCCUGUAACCACGAGUUCCAUGCCAAGUGUGUCGAUAAGUGGCUUAAGGCAAAUCGUACCUGCCCAAUUUGCAGAGCUGAUGCUUCAGAAUUGCAUCGUGAUUAGAGUGACCAAUCUAAGAGCACAAAUCUGGUUUGGGUGUUCCUGGUCAUGUGUAUAUAUGAACUAUCUAUUGAACUUACCCAUGUGGCUUCCAGCCUUUUCCUUUACACAAAAGGGUCAGUGGACCUUACUUUGCACUGUGUGACUUAAUCAAUUAUAAAGCUUAUAACUAGUCUUCACAUCUACGGGAUUGUUAUACUAACAGUGUGAUUGGAACUCCAAAGAUUUUCUUCUUUAGCUUAAUUUUGUGUGUGCACUAACAUUCCCUGGUUUUUGUGUGAUCAUUCUGAGUGUUGCUGCGAGAUUACUGUGGACGUGAUCUUUUAGCAUGUGCUUUUAUAUAAAAGAAAAAA